AUGGCCCCUGCACUGUUCCUGGUACCUGCUGCCCUCGCUUCUUUCAUCCUUGCCUUUGGCACCGGAGUGGAGUUCGAGCGCUUUACCUCCCUUCAGCCACUUCUUGGAGGGGUCCCGGAGUCUGGUCCCAGUGACACAGAGGGACCCGAGGUUGACUUCGGGAGUGAUACUACGAGUGGCAAGGCUAUGAGCUUUAGAACAUGUACUUUGAUUAACAAAGGAGUAGAGAAGGCUUCCAUUGUGCUGGAUGAGUAG